GGCGUGGCUCGGGUUUGCUCGGAUUCCCGCGCAUGCGUACAUGUUUGUUUUGACUGAAAAUGCCGUCGGUUUCGAAAACGGCGCUGAGCGGCUGCCCGCAGACCGAGAAGCCGACUCACUACACGUAUCUUAAAGAAUUUCGGACCGAGCAGUGCCCGCUGUUUCUGCAGCACAAAUGUACUCAGCAUAGACCUUUUACCUGUUUUCACUGGCAUUUCUUAAAUCAACGUCGUCGCAGACCCAUCCGAAGACGAGAUGGGACAUUUAACUAUAGCCCAGAUGUUUAUUGUACAAAAUACGAUGAAACCACAGGAAUGUGUCCAGAUGGAGAUGAUUGUCCAUACUUGCAUAGGACAACAGGCGACACAGAAAGAAAGUAUCAUCUACGUUAUUACAAGACCGGUACUUGUAUUCAUGAAACAGAUGCCCGAGGGCAUUGUGUGAAGAAUGGACCCCAUUGUGCCUUUGCCCAUGGUCCACAUGACCUUAGACCUCCUGUCUAUGAUAUAAGGGAAAUCCAAGCACAGGAAGCCUUACAAAAUGGGCAACUUGGGAGUGGUGAAGGGAUUCCUGACCUGCAGCCAGGAGUCUUAGCUAGCCAGGCCAUGAUAGAGAAGAUCCUAGGAGAGGAUCCUAGAUGGCAAGAUACAAAUUUUGUACUAGCCAGCUACAAAACCGAGCAGUGCACUAAACCACCCAGACUUUGUCGCCAGGGAUAUGCCUGCCCACAUUACCAUAAUAGCAGAGACCGGAGGCGCAAUCCGAGGAAAUUCAAAUACAGAUCCACACCAUGCCCAAGUGUAAAACAUGGAGAUGAGUGGGGAGAGCCUUCAAAGUGUGACAGUGGGGACAGCUGCCAGUACUGCCAUUCCCGCACUGAGCAACAGUUCCAUCCAGAGAUUUACAAGUCUACAAAGUGUAAUGAUGUGAGACAAACUGGCUAUUGUCCAAGAGGACCUUUUUGUGCUUUUGCACAUGUUGAACGGAUUCCAUGUGCCGAGGAGACCAUGAAUGUGAUGAUGCAGUCGGGUUGUCACUUAAAGCCAGCCCCCUCCCUCUAUUCAUCAGACAGCAUAGGCCUUUCCUGCGACUGGAACACUAAUAUGAGUUGUACAAAUAGCAUCUUAAACCACAACGAACAAACCGCAAAUGCAAAACACAAGUGCCUGUCUUUGGAGAGUAAUCAUAAAAUGAAUGACCAAGAAAACAAACAGAGCCAUCUCAGUGUUUUUUCAAUGGUAAACCCACUGGCGUCCAGUAUUACGUCCAGUAUAACUUCUAGUCUGGCAUCCAGUAUUGGCUCAGAUAGUUCAUCCCCUACUGCGCUAUCAAGUGUAAAUGCCAAAGCACUCCCAUUCUACCCUGCUAGUAAUACUGUUGAAUCAGUAAUAGGUUCUGCCCUAGAUCUUCAUUUUAGCAAUAUAAAUGUUGCAUCUUUUGACAAAGACUUAGACGACACUGAGAACAGUGACCUGGGGUUAUCAAAUCAGAGGUUACUGGGAAGUUCAGCACCAGUAAAUAUUCCAGGCUCUCUUGCCCGCUCCUCAUCUCUCCAUUCGUCAUCUUCUCUCUCAACCUCUCCUCUAAGUUCCCUUUCUCAGUCUUUGUCGCAGUCGUACCUUGCCUCCAGUAUGGCUCCACGCCAGCAACAGGCACAGACACUGAAGUCAGAGCACAACACCUUAGGCACUUCAACGUCUUCACACAACUCUUUAGGUUUGAAUGGGGUGACUGGCAGUAUUUGGGACUUUGUUAGUGGAAGUUUCUCUCCCAGUCCGUCUCCAGUGUUUAGCAGUGGUACAAUCAGUUCCACUAGUACAAGCUCAAAUGGAAACGAACUGCCCCGCAUUAGGAGAGAACUCGAUGAUGCCAAGCGAAAAAUAAAAAAAUGGGAAGACUCCUGGCAGCAAGUAAAACAGGCAUGUGACGCAUGGCAGUCAGAAGCUCUGGAGGCCAAGGAGCGUGCCAAGGCAGCCGACACAGACAGACAGCUAGCACUUUUACAGAAAGAAGCGGUGGAAAGCAAACUGAAGAAGCUCCAAGAAGAAUACGAUAACCUACGAGUCUCUUCGCCGUUAUCCCUGUUGAGAAAAUAUGGUGACAUAGAAAAGCUUCCUUUACCAAAGCUACAUUCUUUAAAAAGCCAGCUUUGUUCUGACUUGGAAACAAUCGACAGGUUGAUAUUCCAGCCACAUUCCCAGAUAAUGUGUUGCCACAAAAAUGACAGAAGUAUAGUCCUGCAGCCCUGCCAGCAUUAUGUACUAUGUAAACAGUCUGGUCCUAGCAAACCCGAAUGUCCUUACUGCAAGACCAAAAUAAUCAAAGUGUGAUAAGCCUUUAAAAGCAGCGCUUUACCAACCCACUGAGAAAUACAUCUGUAUUCUGUAAUGAAGCUAAAUAUUUAAUUGUGUUUUUUGCAUUUGUUCUAUGAAUUAGAAACUGUAGGUAAAAAUUGUAUCUUUCACAGUGAUAGACUGAUCUCUACCCUCAGAGGGCACCAAUGGUUAUUAGAUAAAUUGCUUAUGUUGAUCUGCUGGGCAUUUAUCAAGAAAAACUAGGUUUCCUUGUUGCUUCUUAACAUGCAUUUUGACUUUCUGCAAACUUAAUCAGCUUCUUUCAUAUUAACACACAUGCAAGUAUUGCUAACUCACUGUAGUGGAUACUCUGUACAGGAAUUAAUGGGCCUAGGAUCAAUAAGGCUAGUCAACCAGUAUUAAUGUGAAAGAAUUGCAAAGUUCCGUGUUAGGUUGCCCGUUAUGAAAUCCUGCUCUCAAGAAUCAUUUUAGGACAUUUUUCUUAUUUUUUUUUAAAGUAUCUUCACAGGCAGCUGACUAGACACCUCUGUAAAUGUAUUGUCUGCAAAGACACUACUUGAGAUAACUGUAAUGCUAGUUGUUUGAGGAUCAAGCAAAUCCUCCUAAAAAAACAUGCAGAAUUAGGCUAAAGUGGUCCGUUUUCAAUUGUGAUCAUAUGUAAGAAUAGUAUGGUAUGGAUUUCACCUACAGUACACCCAUCCUUGAGCUUAUCUCACUUUUGCAUGAAUGUGGUAGAAAUGAUUAAUUAGCUUGAGUAUGCUGACGUGUACUGCAAUAUUAUAUAUAUUUUUUUUUUAACUUUUAAACACAAUCUGUUCUGUAAAGCGUACAAUUAAGGAAAAGAAAUGCAAUUAUUAAAUUUGGUUAUUAGCUAUUAUCAAAUUUUAGUUUAUUUUUUUCUCCCUAAGUCGGGGAAUACUCGGUGGUGAUGUAGGGCUUACAUCCUCUUGAGAAUAUGAAUUUCAAACAUACCUUGUGAGCUUGGAAUCAGUCUAGCACUAUUUUUUAAUAGGUUAUUUCAAAGAAGUUUAAUUCUUAUAAAAGCACUUUGUUAACCAGGGAUUCUGUUUAGAGUUUAUUAUAAAUUGCUUUAAGCUGCUUUGUAGAUUAUUUUUUUGUUUUGUUUUAUAUAUUAUACGAUAAUAUUAAGCUUGUUUGUGUGUACUGUGAACGGAAAAGAAAUAUUUCAUGUCAGUUUAUUACUGUUAAAAUAAUUAGUGUGGUAAAUUUUGUUAGUUUUCAUAUGCUGAAUUUUAGUACUUUAUUAAAUAAACAAUACCAAGUAGUUGACAAUGUAGCCUAGGAUUUUUACAGUUUUCAGGUAAGUGCAAACAAAUAGUAUUUAUAAUUAAUACCAGCAGAUGGAUAAGGCACAUAUAUACAGUACUUAAAACAUUUUAAAAUAUUCUCUCGAAGGAACCAUUUUUAAUUUUAGUUUUUUUUCUUUGUUUUUUCAUUUUAUUGCAUAAAGAAACAAAUCACAUUUUUAUGGCUUUGUAUUUUGAUUUAUUUUCUGUAUUUUAAUAGCUUUUUCAUAAAUACCUUUAUAUCUUAACCUCAUGAUAUCAUACAUUUAUAAGCUUUUUGGAGAUGUGAAAUGAGGUCACAUGGCCACUUUAAUUAAGUGCCUAUACUGUACCUUACAGCAGCUAAAGUUAAGUUCUUUAAAAAACAAUGUUUUGCUAACUUUUUUUUCCUACACGUUAUUCUGGGCAUGCUUGAAUAUUGGAAAUGUAAAAUAAAUUUUAGGCUAUAGUUAAAAAUCAUUGUUCAAAUAGAAUUAAAAUUGAAUCCGGCAAUGGUGCUUUUUUUUUUUUUUUU